UUUUGAGUGUCUCUAAGAACAGGAUGAGUCGUUUAAUUUUCUGGACAUUGUUUAUUGUCGGCUAUUGCAGUCAUCUAGACUUUGACAUUGUUGAUUUAAGUCAUACUAUUGGACCAACAACUAUAAGAUUGCCUUUUUAUCCACCAUACAAUUUUACAGUUAUUAAGAAAUAUUUCGACGAGAAUCUCAAUAUCUGGAUUGAAGAAAAUUGGUUUGGUAUGGCGGAACACACCAACACUCAUGUUGAUGCACCAGCCCAUAUGUUUAGAGGAAGGCCUUUCAUGAACGAAGUUCCUUUAGAAAAAAUGGUUGGACCUGGAGUAAUAAUUGAUGUAACAGAAAAGGUUGCUGUGAAUUUCGUGUAUGGUGUAAUGGUUGACGAUUUGUUAAACUGGGAAGCUCAAUUUGGUAAAAUACCAGACUAUGCAGUGGUAAUAAUGAACUCAGGAUGGUAUAAAAAGUAUCCAGAUCCAGAAUUGGUCUUUGGGUCACAAAAUUGGACUAACAUGCAAACUCAUCGGUUUCCAAGCUGGACAAUCGACGCUGUAGAAUGGUUACUAUGCAACAGACAUGUGCUGGCUGUUGGUGUUGACACACCGUCGGUGGACCUUCGUGGUCUCGGAGCACUACCGGUUCAUAAAAGGCUUUUUCGUGAAUCUAUAAUUGCAUUAGAAGGCGUUGCAAACCUAGAUGCGAUUCCCCCUUGUAAAUCGACUAUUUUCAUCCCUCCUUUGAAGCUGUAUAAAGGUAGUGGAGCACCGGCUAGAAUAUUUGCAACAGUUCCCAAAAUGAAACAUGAUGGUUACAAUCAAGUUAAAAAUGCUCCAAGUGAUGUUAAUCCUAAAUUCCAUAAUGCCAGGAUAAAGACAGAGUUUUAUGAACAUAAAUAAAACAAAUAUAUUAAACUGAA